UAUUCCAUCACCAACAACAACACAUGAUAUUCUUGAGUGAGCUUUCAUACUUCCUUUUCCAUUUGAUCAAUUCUACUUUGUAAAGAGUUCUUUUCCUCAGUGAAUUUUUGUACUCCCCCCACCCCAAAGGAUCAAUUCUGUUUUUCAAGAAGUUUUUCUCUUCAGACCAUUUUUGUACAUUAUUUUUUUCCCAUUUGGACAAUUUUGCUUUUUUAAAAAGUUCUUCUCUUCUUUGAAUUUUUGUGUGUCUUUUACCAAUUGGCCUAUUCUGUUUUUUUUUUUAAGAUAUUAAUUUCUUCAGUAUUUUUUGGUGCCUCCUUUAUCAAACUGUUAACUUUUUUCAUGUAUUUUCCUGUAUUAUUUUCAUUUCUUUUCCCAAUUUUUAAUCUCUCUUAUUUGAUUUUUAAAAUCCCUUUUGACUCCUCCAUUAAUUCUUUAUAGGCUUGGGAGCAAUUAAUGUUUCUUGGAGGCUUUGGAUGCAGCAGUAUUGAUUUUCUUGUAUGUUUCUAAGUUUGAGUUUACUCUGUCACCAAAAUAACUUUCUAAUUUGAGUUUCUUUUUAUGUUGUUUGAUCAUUUUCCAGUUUUUUUCUUUUCUUUUAGUUUAAAAAAAAUAUUGAUGUUAAACUCUAUAACUGCGGAAAAGAGAGUACUGUUCCAAGCUUCAGGUUCUUUGUGCAGCUGCCUUCAAAGCUAGUUGCUGAUGGAUGGCUGUGACCUGAUAUAGUCAGAAUUAAUGACUUUUCCGUGGAACUCAAAACUAAUGGUAGUAAUAUAAGCACCAGGAGGAAAGAAUCGGAGAGGGAGUCGGGUGGACACAGCAAACAGCUAAAAUCCCUACACUAACUUCAUUCGUGCUUUAUCUCCCUCUUACUCCCAACUUUCCUAUUAAUACAAUAAUGACCAUUCUGAGGCCAUGGACAAUGUCAGCUGCGGUGCUACUGGCUCUGCUGGCUUGCCUGGGGGCUCUGGUCGAAGGCUACCCCUCCAAGCCCGAGGCCCCAAGUGGAGAUGCCUCACCUGAAGAGCUCAGUCGCUACUAUGCCUCCCUUCGGCAUUAUCUCAAUUUGGUCACCAGGCAGCGGUAUGGGAAGAGGGACAGUACUGAAGCCGGGCUAGCUGAGAAGCUCUUUCCAGACGACAGCGGAAACCAGAACAGCAAGUCCGGGUCAGAAGAACCCUAUGUUUGAUAAUAGUUUCAACUUCUGAUUGAUCUCAUCUGUAUCUGGGAGAACUUCCUACAGUGGCCAGGUCUCCCUGCUCUGCUGCUGACCUGAUCACCCAACUUUUGGGGGGCAGCACCUGGGGGCUUCCAGUUUGUGCUUCUCUACAUCCUAUACCACUGUACUUGCAGAAGGGUUAUAGGUGACUUUUCUGGCCCCUUAAUAAAAAGCAAGUUUCACGGAAA